AUGUUCACAUUAACUGAGCCGUGGAUUAACAAGGUGAUCAGUAUGAGGAAAGACUCUCACACCAAGAUGGCUGCAGUCCGACUAAGUGAAGGGAUCAGUCUGGUCUUCGACCAGGAAACACUCUCUAGCUCAGCCUCACCCCCCUUAUCCACACGCUCCCGUUCCAGAAGUAGUCAUGGCAGCAGUAAACAUUCCUCCGGCUCCGGUAGCCGGGCCCAUAGAAGAGAGGCUUGUGCAGGCCGUCGUCACAGGUCCUCCUCCAGCACUUCCCCUUCCUCGUCAAGCAGUAGCCCCCGCCCCAGGUCCCGUUCUCACCCUCGCUGCCACAGAGCCGCCUCUCGUUCCCGUUGCUCCCACCCUCGCAGGCACAAGCGUAGCCACCACUCUUCUCCACAACGCAAAAGAGCGCACUCCCGCUCACCCAGCCUCUCAUCCCCCCCCCGUCGCAGCAGCCACCGCUCUCGCCCCAGGUCCUCAGCCAGGAGGACAGCUGACCACAGGAAGCCCAUGGGUAGUUUCAGGGCCAAGACCUCCAAAUCCACCAAGACCAGCAGGAGCCACUCCAGAUCUCCAGCACGCUUGACCGUUAGACUAAACUUGGAUGGAAAGACGGAUGACGUUUGGAGUGCAAAUACCAAGCCAGGCGCUGAGGAGAGCCCCAGACUGACCACACCAGAACCACAGCCCAAAUCAGAUGGGUGGGUCACACUAGAGCCAGCCUUCCAGAAGAGUCCAACACAGAACAGUGACCCGGAGCCUGAGGAUGAUGGCCCAAGCCCCAAGAUGUCACCUACUCGAAAGGGUAUCUCAUUCAGCAUCAAUAACACAGUGGCCAAGCCCACAGUGAUUGCCACCAGUGCAGACAGUAAGGUAAUGCACAGAGUGGAGAGCUACAGCAGCAGGGCACCGUACGGUCACUGGAUGCCUGUCAAGAGACUCCCCCAAGCCUCUAUGUCCCGCUCCUCCAAACAUUCCCUGGCCACCUCACACUAGUGUGGCACCGACCCUGUAAAUAUCACUGUAACAUAAUGUACAUAGGAAGGGGGGGAUUUGAAGUCUUGUGUAUCAUGGUAGAUACAUUUCACUUUAUAUUAGAAAAGUAUGAAGAACCGAAGAUGUAAUCCAGGUGGUUUUUGACAUUUUUUUUUGUGUUGUGUGGCAUAAGUAUUCAAUAAAGAUUUGAAAUGAA